AUGUGUGUCGAAUCGGCCAUGAACACUGACAUCGCGCUCUUCGUCUACGGAACCUUGAAGCGCGGUUUUGCGAACUACUCCAGGUAUUUGGGCGUUGCGGAGUCCAACACGAAGGCGGCCUAUGUCGCCGAUGGCCAGACACUGGAGCGCUUCCCAAUGGUGGUACGCCCGCCCAAUGCAGCCACAAACAGCUCCGGAGCCCCCCAACUCCUGGACGAGGCUGGCAACGGCACUCGCGUCAAAGGUGAGGUCUACAUGAUCGACGAUGACACGCUCCAGGCAAUGGACCUCUUGGAGGGAGUGCACCGUGGCCGGUACCGAAGGCAGACCGUGCAGGUCCAAGUCCAGAUGGAGAAUGGUGAUUUUCGGAGGUCCUGUGAGUCAUCGGUCGGAAGCUGCUGA